UCAGUAGACACAAGAUAACAUUUGUGAGAAGUUUAUUCAUCAGAUUGAUCAUUGAGAGAGAAACCACCAUGGCUGAAGCAGCUCUAAUCAGUGGAUUGCUUUCAAACUUGGCACCUCUGAUUCAGGAUGAAUUCUCGUUGUUUUGGAGUUUUAAGAAGGAGGUUCAAAAGCUAUCCAGCACGCUAUCUUCGAUUAGUGCCGUUCUUGAGGAUGCAGAGAGAAAGAAGGACAAGGACAAACAAACGGAAGAUUGGUUGCGGAAGCUCAAAGAUGUGGCGUAUGAGGUUCGAGACAUCAUGGAUGACUGCACCUAUGAAGAUCUUCGUCUUCAAGUCAACAGGCGUAAUGCCUCCUCUUCAACCCGGAUCAAGGUAACCAACUCAAUAACCCAUCCUUUUAUCAGUACUUGGACACGUCUAAAAGUUGGUCACAAAAUUAAGAAUGUUCAAGAGAAGCUUAACCAAAUUUCUUCAGUGCGCCAAACGUUACAUUUGCGUGAAUCUAUUCAUGAUUCAAAAAUAGACAAGUUUACUAGUAGUUGGCGUGAAACCACGUCUCUUUCUAGUUGUAAUCAAGUUUAUGGGAGAUAUAAGGAAAAGAAACAGAUUAUUGAUAUUCUGGUCAAUACAUCUAGUGCCAAAAAGUUAUCUGUUCUACCCAUUGUUGGAAUUGGGGGUCUUGGUAAAACAACACUUGCCCAAAUGGUCUUCAACGACGAGGAGAUUGCUAAUUACUUUGAAACCAAAAUUUGGGUUUGUGUUUCUGACGAAUUUGAUAUUAAAUUAGUGAUCAAAGCUAUCAUAGGAGCAACAAAUGAAACUUCCUUAGAGAUAUUGCAGAAAAUGAUUCAAGAUAGAUUGCAAGGGAAAAGAUAUUUGAUUGUAUUGGAUGAUGUUUGGAAUGAAAACCUUGAGGCAUGGGAUCAGUUGAGAUCUAUCUUAGAUUGUGGAUCAAAUGGUGCGUUUGUCCUUACCACAACACGGAAAAGAAAUGUGGCAACAAUUAUGGAAACGAUUCAACAUAUUCAGAUACCAUUGCUCUCUGACGAGGAUUGUUGGCUACUCUUUGAAGAGCGUGCAUUUAUGUGUGGGACACCCAAAACUCCAAACUUUGUUGAUAUUGGAAAAGAAAUAGCUAAAAAAUGUAAAGGAGUUCCCUUAGUUGCCAAGACAUUUGGAGGACAAUUGGGCUUUAAAAGUGAUAUAAAUGAAUGGGGUAAAAUAAGAGAUAAUGAGAUAUGGGAGACUCAAAAUGAAGAAUCUGAUCUCUUGCCUAUUCUAAGGUUGAGUUACUAUGAACUCCCUUAUCAUUUGAGAAGAUGCUUUGUGUUUUGUGCUAUAUUUCCCAAGGAUUCUUUAAUUGAAAAGGAGAGAUUAAUCCAAUUAUGGAAUGCUCAUGGUUUAAUUUCUACAGUUAAAAACCAAGAAGUGGAAGAUAUUGGGAAUACAAUUUGGAAAGAGUUGUGUUGGAGAUCCUUUUUUCAAGACGAGAAAUUAGAUUAUUUUGAAAAAGAAAUAUGUAAGAUGCACGAUCUUAUGCACGAUCUUGCCCAAUCUGUUAUGAAAGAUGAAUGUUAUAGGUUGGAUGCUAACAGCUCAAAUGAUGGUUUAAAACGAGAAAUUCGUCAUGUAACGGCAAUGUUUGAUGAAUUUGUCAAAAUAUCAGUUCCUUCUCUUAAGAAAAUUGGAGGGUUGCAAUCACUAAUGCUUAAUGACAUAAAUGUUUAUGGAAAUGUCAGACAGCAGAUUUGUUUGAGUGUCUUGAAGGAAAUUUCGGCUUUACGUGUCCUUGAACUGAGCUACAAUGUGCAAUAUCAAUAUUUGCGUUUAGAAUAUGUGGGAUGUCUAAAACAUCUUAGAUAUUUAGAUAUUUCCGGUAAUAAGAAGAUAAAAACAUUACCGGAUAGUAUUUGUGAUCUCCUGAACUUACAGACUUUGAAACUCAAUAUGUGUUCUAAUCUUGAAAGUUUGUCCAGAAAUACGAAAGACCUUAUUAGUCUGCGGCAUCUUUAUUUGGAGGAGUGUGAUAGAUUAAAAUAUAUGCCUAGAGAGAUGGGGCAAUUGAAACAUCUGAAGACGUUAAGCUUGUUUGUGAUAGGCAUGAAGGAGAAAGACGGUCAACUAGAUGAAUUAAAAGAAUUGGAUAUCUGCGGAUCAUUGAUAAUUAAGAAUCUUGGGAGAGUUAGUGAUGCAUCUAUUGCAAGAGGGGUAAGUAUGACUAAAAUGUCGAGUAUCAAUGAGUUGGAGUUGUCAUGGAGAUCUAGUGAUGAAGUUGAUGAUAAUGAGAGCAAGAGUGCUAGAGAUGAGAAAAUUGGUGAAGCUCUAGAGGUUUCAACUGCGAGGUUGAAGAUUUUGAAAAUGAGGGAUUACAAAGGUGUGAAUCCCCCUAAAUGGGUGAGCAAUGUGAAUACUACUGCUAGUAGUCGCGAUGACAAUGAAAUGAUAGUACUAUUCCCUUUGUUAGAGUAACUUAAUAUUAUCGACAUGGAUAAUUUGAGGGAAUUGGUGUCUCCUACUAUUCCUAGUGCCGGAGCAUUCCCUAAUCUAUGCAAGCUGAACAUAGAGAAUUGCCCAAAGCUGGGGGCCUUGCCACCGCAUCUCAAAUCACUCAAAGAUGUAAGUGUUUGGGGUGAAUGUUCGGAUGAGUUGUUAUAUAGCAUCUCAAAUCUUAGUGCUCUCACUCAUCUUGGCAUUGAAAAUAUGAAUGAAAGAAGUAUUUUAUUUGGAGCUGGUUAUAUGGCAUUAAUGUUUGAUGAUGAAGCACAAUUAGGAGGAGUACGCUCAACUUUCCAAUCUCUUCAAUAUCUGAGAAUUGAUUGUUGCAAGAAGUUAAGGCGUUUGUUUGACGAGGGAAUGAUAUCAAAGAUUAGUGGCUGCCAGAACAAACACUUCAUCAACUCUCUCACGCAUUUGUAUAUUUACAAAUGUCCGGAGUUGAUGAUAUCAGUUGAGGAAUUUGUUGGAAACCUCCGUAUUAAUAAUAAUUCACUACAGAGAUUGACUAUCUGGAAUUGUCCUAAGUUGGUGUCUUCAGAAGAAGCGGACGAUGUUAUCAUACUCCUGCGUUCCCUUCGAACCAAACUUGGUCCUGAGAACUUCUUUGUAAAUAUUGUAUUGGAAGAGGAAUAGAAGAGUGAAUUAGAAGUCAGUAGGCUAUUCUGCAGCUCCUCCAAUACGGACUCGUUACUGUUACUGCAAUAGAGAGAGUUGGAAGAAUUUAUCCUAUUUCAGGGUCAAGCAUACAGUGAUAACUUAAAGGAGUAGAAGACUCAUCAAAGAGAGUAAAUAAUCUAUUGGAAAAUAAACACGAAGAGAGCGGAGCUUACUGGCCACAUAACCAAAUUUGGUAUGUAGAGCAAAAGAUCUUAAACAAGGAAUUAAACAAGAUGAAAAAGAGGCUGGAAUUGCUUCAGAAGGAGGACAUGGAUAUGUUGGAAAAGGGUUGAAACACUGAAGCAAGAACUCGAAGGGGAGAAGCUUAAAUGCAACUAAACAAAUCGUUAAAGGCUUGUACACAAUAUUCAUUCUUUUUUUAUCCCUAAAACAAAGGCGAGAUGAUUCAUUUGAACCCUAGUUAUGUAAGGAGGAAUAGAAGAAGGAGAAGAAGAGUCAAUUUCAGGAAGUGAUAAUCAGCAAAUGGUAGUCUGGAGGGAGUAUCUAUAGACAUGUAGGGUAAUACCUUAGAAAUAAUCAUUUUCACGUAACACUAAUCCUCCUUUGAGCUGCACAAUUAUUUAUAUUUAAAUGCAAUAUAUUUAGUGUCCGAUGUUGAAUA